ACUUGUAGGAGAUUUCCUGACCUCAGCCAGACUUCAAGUUCCAGGUCAACUAGGAGGAGGUUUCCUGACCUCAGCCAGACUUCAUGUUCCAGGUCAACUAGGAGGAGGUUUCCUGACCUCAGCCAGACUUCAUGUUCCAGGUCAACUAGGAGGAGGUUUCCUGACCUCAGCCAGACUUCAUGUUCCAGGUCAACUAGGAGGAGGUUUCCUGACCUCAGCCAGACUUCAUGUUCCAGGUCAACUAGGAGGAGGUUUCCUGACCUCAGCCAGACUUCAUGUUCCAGGUCAACUAGGAGGAGGUUUCCUGACCUCAGCCAGACUUCAUGUUCCAGGUCAACUAGGAGGAGGUUUCCUGACCUCAGCCAGACUUCAUGUUCCAGGUCAACUAGGAGGAGGUUUCCUGACCUCAGCCAGACUUCAUGUUCCAGGUCAACUAGGAGGAGGUUUCCUGACCUCAGCCAGACUUCAUGUUCCAGGUCAACUAGGAGGAGGUUUCCUGACCUCAGCCAGACUUCAUGUUCCAGGUCAACUAGGAGGAGGUUUCCUGACCUCAGCCAGACUUCAUGUUCCAGGUCAACUAGGAGGAGGUUUCCUGACCUCAGCCAGACUUCAUGUUCCAGGUCAACUAGGAGGAGGUUUCCUGACCUCAGCCAGACUUCAUGUUCCAGGUCAACUAGGAGGAGGUUUCCUGACCUCAGCCAGACUUCAUGUUCCAGGUCAACUAGGAGGAGGUUUCCUGACCUCAGCCAGACUUCAUGUUCCAGGUCAACUAGGAGGAGGUUUCCUGACCUUAGCCAGACUUCAUGUUCCAGGUCAACUAGGAGGAGGUUUCCUGACCUCAGCCAGACUUCAUGUUCCAGGUCAACUAGGAGGAGGUUUCCUGACCUCAGCCAGACUUCAUGUUCCAGGUCAACUAGGAGGAGGUUUCCUGACCUCAGCCAGACUUCAUGUUCCAGGUCAACUAGGAGGAGGUUUCCUGACCUCAGCCAGACUUCAUGUUCCAGGUCAACUAGGAGGAGGUUUCCUGACCUCAGCCAGACUUCAUGUUCCAGGUCAACUAGGAGGAGGUUUCCUGACCUCAGCCAGACUUCAUGUUCCAGGUCAACUAGGAGGAGGUUUCCUGACCUCAGCCAGACUUCAUGUUCCAGGUCAACUAGGAGGAGGUUUCCUGACCUCAGCCAGACUUCAUGUUCCAGGUCAACUAGGAGGAGGUUUCCUGACCUCAGCCAGACUUCAUGUUCCAGGUCAACUAGGAGGAGGUUUCCUGGCCUCAGCCAGACUUCAUGUUCCAGGUCAACUAGGAGGAGGUUUCCUGACCUCAGCCAGACUUCAUGUUCCAGGUCAACUAGGAGGAGGUUUCCUGACCUCAGCCAGACUUCAUGUUCCAGGUCAACUAGGAGGAGGUUUCCUGACCUCAGCCAGAUUUCCCGGAUAUUUACAUCUUCAAUAAAUCAGUUUCUUUCCCUCCGUGUUUUGAUGAUUUUCUUCCCACCUUUUUCAGACCUGAGAAAGAACUUUGAGGAGGAGCCAAUGGGGAAGGAAGUCUCGUUGAACCAGGAAGUGUUGUUACGCUGUCAUCCUCCAGAGGGCGUACCACCAGCUGAGGUGGAGUGGCAGAGGAACGAGCAUGUGAUCGACCCGGUAAGCGAGCCCAACUUCUUGGUGACUGGGGACCGUAAUCUGAUCAUCAAACAGGCCAGGCUGGCGGACACGGCCAACUACACCUGCGUGGCCAAGAACAUUGUGGCUCGACGCAAGAGUUCCCCCGCCACCGUUCUGGUCUACGGUCAACUAGGAGGAGGUUUCCUGACCUCAGCCGACUUCAUGUUCCAGGUCAACUGGAGGAGGUUUCCUGACCUCAGCAGACUUCAUGUUCCAGGUCAACUAGGAGGAGGUUUCCUGACCUCAGCCAGACUUCAUGUUCCAGGUCAACUAGGAGGAGGUUUCCUGACCUCAGCCAGGAACGUCAAUGUUCCAGACCGAGAAAGAACUUUGAGGAGGAGCCAAUGGGGGAAGGAAGUCCGUUGA